AUGGCGCCCGCCUGCGGGCGCGCGGCGGCGCGGUCGGCGUCGCGGGCCGCCUCGGGCGCGGCUGCCGCGCCGCCUCGCCGACGGGCCCGCGGCGCCUGGCGGGGCGCCGUGGGCGGUGCCGCGGCCGCCGCCGUGGCGGCGUCCGCAGCGGCGCCGGUGGCGGCCAGGCCAGCGGCGGCGCCCGCCAG